AUGGCGACCACUUCGAACAUGUUCAUGUACUCAUUGACGAUACAGAAUCCGACUGCUGUAACGCAAGCUAUACUUGGCCAAUUUGCGGGAACAAAGGAACAACAGAUCGUGACGGCGUCGGGAUCCAAGCUUACAAUUCAUCGCCCGGACGCCGCUCAAGGCAAAGUCACCCCGAUAUAUACGCAGGAUGUCUUUGGUAUAAUCAGAUCUCUUGCCGCUUUCCGGCUGGCCGGAAGUAACAAAGAUUACAUCAUCAUUGGAUCGGAUUCGGGUCGUAUUACCAUUAUUGAGUACGUACCGUCACAGAAUAGAUUCAACCGCAUCCAUCUGGAGACAUUUGGAAAGUCGGGUGUGCGACGCGUGAUUCCUGGCCAGUAUCUUGCAGUGGACCCCAAAGGACGAGCUUGCCUCAUUGCGUCGGUCGAAAAGAACAAGCUUGUUUAUGUUCUCAACCGUAACUCCCAAGCAGAAUUAACAAUCUCCUCCCCUCUCGAGGCACACAAGGCACAGACACUUGUUUUUGCUCUUACUGCUCUAGAUGUGGGAUAUGACAAUCCUAUCUUCGCCGCCAUUGAAGUAGAUUAUUCCGAGUGUGACCAGGAUCCCACCGGUCGAGCAUACGAGGAAGUUGAAAAACAACUUGUAUACUAUGAGCUUGAUCUUGGUUUGAACCAUGUGGUUCGCAGAUGGUCGGAUGUCAUAGACAGAACUUCGAAUAUAUUAUUUCAAGUUCCUGGAGGUGCCGAUGGUCCGAGUGGUGUGCUUGUGUGCGCUGAAGACAGUAUCACAUAUCGACACUCGAACCAAGAUGCAUUCCGUGUCCCAAUUCCUCGCCGCAGAGGUCCCACAGAAAACCCCGAGCGGAAGCGAUCUAUCACAGCUGGUGUCAUGCACAAGAUGAGGGGUGCCUUCUUCUUUUUGCUGCAAACCGAGGACGGUGAUCUGUUCAAAUUGACCAUCGACAUGGUCGAAGAUGACAACGGCCAGCUUACCGGUGAGGUCAAGCGACUCAAAAUUAAAUACUUUGACACUGUUCCCAUCGCCACAAACCUGCUGAUCUUGAAGAGUGGUUUCUUGUUUGUUGCGAGCGAAACAGGCAAUCAUCACUUCUAUCAGUUCGAGAAGCUCGGUGACGAUGAUGAAGAAACCGAAUUCCCAAGUGAUGAUGUCUCCGCCGAUUUAGCCGACCCCAUAAUUCCAGUUUACUUCAAUGUGAGAGACGCCGAGAAUCUGAACCUGGUUGAAAGUGUCAAUUCUCUGAACCCCAUCAUGGAUUGCAAAAUCACAGAUUUGUUAGCAGAAGAUGCCCCGCAAAUUUACACCAUAUGUGGUACGGGUGCUAGGAGUACUUUCAGAACUCUCAAGCAUGGGCUUGAUGUCUCUGAGAUUGUCGAGUCUGAACUUCCUAGCGUCCCGUCAGCUGUCUGGACCACAAAGCUGACCCGUAAGGAUGAGUUUGACGCAUAUAUUGUUCUGUCCUUUACGAAUGGAACUCUGGUUCUCAGUAUCGGCGAAACAGUUGAGGAAGUCACAGAUACUGGAUUUCUGUCUACGGCACCUACCUUGGCCGUUCAACAACUUGGCGAAGACUCUUUGAUCCAAGUUCAUCCCAAAGGAAUCAGACAUAUUCUUGCCGAUCAUCGCGUCAAUGAAUGGCCUGCGCCUCAGCAUCGAACGAUUGUUGCUGCCGCUACCAACGAGCGCCAAGUCGCAGUUGCCUUGAGUUCUGGUGAGAUUGUGUACUUUGAGAUGGACACGGAUGGCUCGCUGGCCGAGUACGAUGAAAAGCGUCAAAUGUCAGGCACAGUCACAUCCCUGAGCUUGGGUGAAGUUCCUGAGGGUCGUGUACGAAGCUCUUUCCUAGCUGUCGGCUGUGAUGACUCGACUGUUCGAAUUUUGAGCCUGGAUCCGGACUCGACUUUAGAGAACAAGUCCGUGCAAGCUCUGACGUCUGCGCCGUCUGCCUUAAACAUCAUGUCGAUGGCCGAUUCGACCUCUGGCGGUUCAACGCUGUAUCUGCACAUCGGACUGUACUCUGGUGUCUAUCUCCGAACGGUGCUUGACGAAGUUACUGGCGAGCUUUCCGAUACUCGAACACGAUUCCUAGGCGCCAAGCCAGUAAAGCUGUUUGGAGUUUCCGUGAAGGGCCAGUCUGCGGUUCUUGCUCUUAGCUCUCGCCCGUGGCUUGGGUAUUCUGACAUACAAACCAAGAGCUUCAUGCUUACUCCCUUGGACUAUGUUGGUUUAGAAUGGGGAUGGAACUUUUCCAGUGAGCAGUGCUUGGAGGGCAUGGUCGGAAUUCAGGGUCAAAAUUUACGGAUCUUCUCCAUUGAAAAACUGGACAACAACGUUUUGCAAGAGUCAAUUCCUCUGGCAUAUACGCCACGACAUUUUGUGAAACAUCCAGAGCAACCUCUGUUUUACGUUAUUGAGUCAGAAAACAAUGUCCUCGCUCCAGCUACACAAACUCGUUUACUGGAAGACUCCAAAUUGCAAAAUGGGGAAGCUGUCAUUCCUCCGGCAGAAACUUUCGGUUUUCCACGAGCUACCGGCCAUUGGGCUUCUUGCAUUGAAGUCGUUGACCCUAUCAAUUCCAAGUCGGUUCUGUCACGCCUGGAACUGGAAGAGAAUGAGUCUGCUGUCAGCGUUGCAGCUGUCUCAUUUGCAAGUCAAGAUAACGAGACUUUCUUGGUUGUCGGUACCGGUAAAGAUGUUGUGACGUAUCCGAGAUCUUUCUCCGCAGGUUUCAUUCAUAUCUAUCGAUUCCAAGAGGACGGUAGAGAAUUAGAAUUCAUUCACAAGACCAAGAUUGAGGAGCCGCCCCUUGCCCUUCUCGCCUUUCAAGGACGUCUGGUUGCCGGUAUCGGUAAAAAUCUAAGGGUCUACGAUCUUGGUAUGAAGCAGAUGCUUCGAAAGUGCCAAGUUGAAGCUUCUCCAAAUCUUAUUGUGGGCUUACAAACUCAAGGCAGCCGUAUCAUUGUCAGCGAUGUGCAAGAGAGUGUUACUUAUGUGGUGUAUAAGUACCAAGAAAACCAACUGAUACCUUUCGUUGAUGACGUUAUUGCACGCUGGACUACGGCCACGACAAUGGUGGAUUACGAAACAACAGCCGGAGGUGAUAAAUUCGGUAACUUGUGGCUUGUUCGUUGCCCGAAAAAGGUGUCUGAGGAAUCCGAUGAAGAUGGUUCUGGCGCGCAUCUCAUUCAUGAACGUUCAUAUCUACAAGGGACACCAAACCGAUUGGAUCUGAUGGUCCAUUUCUAUACCCAAGAUAUUCCUACAAGCCUCCACAAGACUAACCUGGUUGUCGGAGGAAGAGACAUUCUCGUGUGGACUGGUUUGCAGGGUACAAUCGGUAUGAUGAUUCCGUUUAUCAGCCGUGAGGAUGUCGAUUUCUUUCAAAACCUGGAGAUGCAACUUGCCUCUCAGAAUCCGCCUUUAGCUGGACGGGAACAUCUCAUAUACCGAAGUUAUUACGUUCCUGUCAAGGGCGUGAUUGACGGUGAUUUGUGCGAAAGCUACUUCCUUCUUCCGAAUGAUAAAAAGCUCAUGAUUGCUGGGGAGUUGGACCGGAGUGUUCGGGAAAUUGAGCGCAAGAUCUCGGACAUGAGAACCCGUGUGGCUUACUGA